UACCCUGGGGAAUUGAGCUAUAGAUUAUAGAAUAUAAAGCGCGUGAGUGGGUGGAAUACAUACCGCCCCUCGAACAGUUGAAACGAAACAUUUUCAACAUCGAGCGCAGUUCGCGCAGAGAGUUCAACCGAUACACUGCUGAACCAAAAUUCGGAGUCAUAUCGGUCCAGAAUAAUUAACACGGCACGAUGACAAACGCCAGCUGAAGAAGACACUGUCGGUUUAUUGGCCCCCCGAAAAAAACCCGUAGUCUAGAGCCCCUGGAGCGCCGAGAAGUGGCAGUGGUCACCAUGCGGCGUCCGAAGAUAUCCCUCAAGAAGUACUUCUACCUAACUCUGAUCUGCGCACUCCUCCUCAUAUUCGGUUUCAGUCUCAAAGAGCGCGAAAUAUGGAAGACGCUGAGUCCACGAUCAUCACAGAUAACCACACAGCAGCAGCAGCACCAGCAUCUGCAUCAACUGCAGUCCAUGGACGAGGAGCAUCCGAUGGGCACCAGCUCCACCCCUCCGCCGCUUGCGGCCACUUUACUGCCGGAAAUGGCGGAUAAUCUCGUCGAGGAGCCGGAGCAGACGGUUUUGGAGGAGGAGGAAAGCGAGGCGGAUCGCCUGCAAGAGCCGCCGGCGGAAAAGGCCUGGUUCUUCAAGAACGGCGAGUACUAUCCAAAGCCGGCCAAGACCUACAGCAAUCGCAAGGCCAGGAAGCGGCAUGCCCCACGAUUGCUGCCGCAUCAGGAUCCCUAUUCGGAUCGCAUUAUUAACCAGCUAAUGUACGUGCCGCACAACUACGAGGAGAUCAAGUCCAGCGGCAAACUGAAGACCAUCCUACUCUACAACGGAUUGGGGCCGUGGAACGUGAAGAAGGGUCGCGACGUCUUCCUGAAAGCCAAGUGUCCCGUAGACACCUGCGAACUGACUGCCAAUCGCGAUCUGGCCAGCACGGCCGACAUGAUCCUCUACAAGGAUCACUACAUACCCACGGGCAUUCGGCGGCCCAGCAACUCCAAGCAGGUGUCCAUGCUGUACUAUCUGGAGUGCCCGUAUCACACGCAGAAUGUCAAGGUGCCCGAUGCCAUCAACUGGACGGCCACCUACAGACGUGACAGUACAAUUGUAGCGCCCUAUGAAAAGUGGCAGUACUACGACACAAAGGUGCAGCAGCAGGAGCAGGAUAUCAACUACUCCGUCAACAAGACCAAGAAAGUGGCCUGGUUUGUGUCCAACUGUGGAGCGAGGAAUGGCCGGCUCCAAUAUGCCCAUGAACUGCAAAAAUAUAUCGAGGUUGACAUCUAUGGAGCGUGUGGCAACUUCAAGUGCUCCCGCAGCACGGCGGACAAGUGCUUCGAGAUCCUGGACAACGACUAUAAGUUCUAUCUGGCUUUCGAGAACUCCAACUGCAAGGACUACAUCACGGAGAAGUUCUUCGUGAAUGCGCUGAACAGAAGGGUUCUGCCCAUUGUCAUGGGCGCCCGGCCAGAGGACUACGAGGUGAGUGCUCCGCGAAGGUCCUACAUCCACGUCGACGAGUUCUCAUCGCCCAAGGAGCUGGCCGAGUAUCUGCGCAUCCUGGACCACGACGACGAGCUGUACAACUCGUACUUCAAGUGGAAGGGCACCGGCGAGUUCAUCAACACGUACUACUGGUGUCGCGUGUGUGCCACGCUCCACAACGAGGAGCAACUGCGGAAGCCACGCUGGUACACGGAUCUCAAUGACUGGUGGCGGGGACCUGGAGUCUGCACGACGAGAUCUUGGCGCAACUUCAAGGCACGCAAGGACGUCAUUAGCGACUCCAGCGACGACUGAGUCCAGGUGUUAGAUGCGAUCCAGAUCGUGGGCAUGGGCAAUGUGUAGAUCAAAUGGCAUUAUCAUUCAUCAGUGAGUCAUUCGCUUCUGAUUUGUUGUUUCCUAGGUAUCAUCUUCUCCACUUUCACUAUCACUAUCCACCGGAUGGGUCCCUUCUGAUUUCGGAAAAUACAAUCGUGCAAUAGUUAGUCUUAAAUCGAAAUCGAAAUGAUUGCCAAAUAUUAUAUUAUUUAAAUGAUUUGCUGACACCUAUUAUAUAAAGUAGUUAAUAGCUUGAUUUAAAAACUUCUCCGAUUUCUAGUCCAAAUUAUUUUUGAGAACAGAAAAAUCGACCCAUCCUACGCUAAUCCAUGUGUAAAGAGUUAAGAGUCGCUUCGUUUUUGUCGGAGUUUUACGUAAAUGUUUUUUGUAGUUAGUUAGUAAGCUAACCUAAAACCUAAAUCAAAUCAAAUCGAGGAGGCACGAGGUCGGGAGCGACUAAAGGAUUCCCGUGCCGACCAUUGUAACAUAUACAAUACCAGAUGCGUAAGAGAACGUAGAAACCUAGUCUAGUUAUAUAUGGAUAUACAAGUGCUAUGUAUACAUAGUUCGGUAAUUUAUAUAGUUGUUUAAACUAAAACCAAGUCCAAAAUAGACCGUAAUGAGUAAAUGACAGGCAAGUUAAAGUAGUUCGACAUUAAAAAGCUUAACUCAAGUGAGAGGAGGCAUCAGCUAUAUAGAUUAGAUCUUUUGUAAGUGUUUUUGUAAGCAACCACAAUGGCUCGACCUGAAAUAAGUUGCCUGUUAUUAGAGCGCACUUUCUUUUCCAGGUUUAAUUUUCUGUUUUAGUCUUUAUCUAGACCGGCUUUUAGUUGAAAUAUUAGCUGUUGAGAGCUACUUGCAAAGGUUUCCCAGCCUGUUGACUAACUACUAACUUUAUAACCGAUUCGCACAAGCAUAACAUAUAUCUGAUAUAAUACAAAUACAAUCUGCAUUCCUAUUUUUCAUGAAAUAUCAUAUGGCGUAUUAUUUUAGUUCGAACAGCGCAAUGUGUGUUUUUUACAAUUUUUAUCAAUAUUUGUAUUUAUUGUGUAACAUUUUAUUUAUAAGUAUUGAAUAAUAUCAUAUGUGUGUGUAUUUUGAUUGUGAACUUGUUUUAAUUUUAAUUUUUACUGUGAUACAAAAAAAAAUAAUUAUAAUAAACAAGAAUUAAACGGUGGCAACUAAUGGCAAACAA